GAUUACAAAAGGGGAAGAAAUAUCUGGGGAGAUGGUCACAUCACCUAUGAUUUUUAUUUUUCUUUAUGAGAUCAUAAUUAUAAUCAACAAGACAACAACACUUUGUUUUUCUCCUUUUGUUUUAAAAAAUUGGUACUUUUUUUUUUUUUGGUAAGCCAUAGGCCACACACACAUAAACCUCACACAAGACUGAAGAGCGAGAAACGUAUGCGCUAAGACUUUUCCACAGAACGGGAGCACGCAAGCGCGGGCAAGGCGGUGCGUCAAUCAUCAGAGUACACACAAAUUUGCCAUGGGUCCGAUCGGGAUAGUCCAAAGAUUCAUACUUACCAUAUGAUUGAUAUACAUACAUACAAUACAAGAUUGAAGAUCAUUCUUCAUUACUGAUCCCCAGUCUCCACCUACCUUUGGUUUCGUAUCCUAUGCUGGAUCACAUCCUUUGCUUUUAACGAUAACUUUGGAUUUUGUACAGUGCAGAUAACUCCGAUACAGUUGAGUCGUCUCCGAUCACCGCUAGGCUUCUCCGUCGCCGGAAAUGGCUUCUCGGCGGACCAUUUUCGCCGCCGUCUUCUUCAUCUUCCUCAUUGUGUCGUGUCAGUCCCUCGACUUCGACAUACGCAGGAAGCACAAAAUCAAAGGACCCAUCAAAACCCUAGUGGUGCUGGUCAUGGAGAACCGGUCCUUCGACCACGUUCUGGGCUGGCUCAAGUCGACUCGACCGGAGAUUGACGGCCUGACUGGGAAGGAAUCGAACCGGGCGUCCGUCUCCGACCCCCACUCCGACGAAAUCUUUGUCACCGACGACGCCUUGUUCGUGGACUCGGACCCGGGACACUCGUUCCAGGCGAUUCGGGAACAGAUAUUUGGUUCGGAGAACUGCUCUGCGAACCCGGCUCCGAUGAACGGGUUCGUCCAGCAGGCGGCGAGUAUGGAGGAGGGUAUGACGAAGACGGUGAUGAGCGGGUUCAAGCCGGCAGUUCUGCCCGUCUACACCGAGCUGGCGAACCAGUUCGCCGUGUUCGACCGGUGGUUUGCGUCGGUGCCGGCGUCGACCCAGCCGAACCGGUUCUACAUCCACUCGGCUACUUCACACGGCGCAACGAGCAAUGUUCGGAAGGACCUCAUCCAUGGUUUCCCCCAAAAAACCAUUUUCGAUUCAUUGGACGAAAAUGGGCUUUCCUUUGGGAUUUAUUACCAGAACAUCCCCGCAACCUUGUUCUUCAAGAGCCUGAGGAAGCUCAAGCAUGUGAUUAAGUUCCACGAGUACAAAUUGAAGUUUAAAACGCAUGCUAGAAGGGGUAAGCUUCCGAAUUACGUGGUUAUAGAGCAGCGUUACUUCGACGUCGAGUAUUUUCCGGCGAACGACGACCACCCGUCGCAUGACGUCGCAUUGGGGCAGAGGUUUGUGAAGGAAGUGUAUGAGACUUUGAGGGCUAGCCCGCAGUGGAAGGAGAUGGCUCUGCUGAUUACUUAUGAUGAGCACGGUGGGUUCUAUGAUCAUGUGCCCACCCCUGUUUCUGGGGUCCCAAACCCAGAUGGGAUCAUUGGGCCCGACCCAUUUUACUUCAGGUUUGAUCGGUUGGGCAUUCGUGUCCCGACCAUACUCAUCUCGCCUUGGAUCGAGAAGGGGACAGUGAUCCAUGAGCCAAGCGGACCAACUCCACACUCGCAAUUCGAACAUUCCUCCAUUUCUGCAACAGUGAAGAAGCUUUUCAAUCUAAACUCAAACUUCUUGACAAAGAGGGAUGCAUGGGCUGGGACCUUCGAGAAUUACUUCUACCUCCGAGACACUCCACGUGAUGAUUGCCCAGAGAGACUCUCGGAAGUGACAAACUCACUGAGGCCACGGGGACCGAAAGAAGACCUUCACCUCUCAGAAUUUCAAGUCGAGCUUAUCCAGCUUGCGUCCCAGCUGAAUGGUGAUCAUGUCCUCAACACUUACCCUUACAUAGGCCAAGGCAUGACUGUGGGUGAAGCCAACCAUUAUGCAGAAGAUGCAGUAAAGAGGUUCUUAGAAGCUGGAAGAGCUGCUUUAAGAGCUGGAGCAAAUGAAUCUGCCAUUGUUACAAUGAGACCUUCCCUCACCAGUCGAUCCAUUAGUGCAGAUUACCACCAUUACAUAAAAACUCAGUAACUAUCGCAAAUCCGAUCAUGUAAAUUCAUAUUUGUGCUGUUAUACAGCUGUGUCUAGAAUCAUAUAUUGAACAUAAUUCCGAAGCAAGCCAAUGCACAAAGCUCUCACUGAAAUGGGCGUAAGAAACCAGUGUUGAUUCAAAGCAAAGGAGCUGGUGUCAUUUUGUUGUUAAGUGCGUUGGAUGUGAUGUCAUUUUGAAUGUAUUUAAAACAGCUUUAAGGCCUUAUUUGCAGCUUAAAAACAAAAAGGAAAAGAAAAUAUUGAACUUGCA